AUGAAGGCUCUCAUUCUCGUCGGAGGUUUCGGGACCCGUCUGCGUCCUCUGACCCUCACUCUCCCUAAACCUCUGGUUGAGUUUGGUAACCGGCCUAUGAUUCUCCACCAAGUCGAAAGCUUGGCUGCCGCUGGUGUUACCGAUAUCGUGCUGGCUGUCAACUACCGUCCCGAUGUUAUGGUCGCAGCGUUGAAGAAGUACGAGGAGCAAUAUGGCGUCAACAUUGAAUUCUCAGUCGAGUCGGAACCGCUGGGCACGGCCGGCCCGCUGAAGCUGGCGGAGAAGAUCCUGGGUAAGGACGACUCGCCUUUCUUUGUGCUGAACUCAGACAUCAUCUGCGAUUAUCCUUUCCAGGAUCUCGCUGCGUUCCACAAGAAUCACGGUGAUGAGGGUACUAUUGUUGUCACCAAGGUCGACGAGCCCUCCAAGUACGGUGUCGUCGUUCACAAGCCUAGCCACCCCUCGCGUAUCGACCGCUUCGUCGAGAAGCCUGUUGAAUUCGUCGGCAACCGUAUUAAUGCCGGUAUCUACAUCCUGAACCCCAGUGUUCUGAAGCGCAUUGACCUGCGCCCCACCUCCAUCGAGCAGGAGACUUUCCCCGCCAUCUGCAAGGACGGCCAGCUGCACUCCUUUGACCUUGAGGGCUUCUGGAUGGAUGUCGGCCAGCCUAAGGAUUUCCUCACUGGUACCUGUCUGUACCUCUCCUCCUUGUCCAAGCGCAACCCGAAGAAGCUCGCCUCCACCUCUGAACCCUACGUGCACGGCGGCAACGUUAUGGUCGACCCCUCGGCUAAGAUUGGUAACAACUGCCGUAUUGGCCCCAACGUUGUCAUUGGUCCUAAUGUCGUGAUUGGCGACGGCGUUCGUCUCCAGCGCUGCGUCGUUAUGGAGAACAGCAAGGUCAAGGACCAUGCUUGGAUCAAGUCGACCAUCGUUGGUUGGAACAGCUCCGUUGGCCGCUGGGCUCGUCUAGAGAACGUCACUGUUCUUGGGGAUGAUGUUACCAUUGCCGACGAAGUGUACGUCAAUGGCGGUUCCAUCUUGCCGCACAAGAGCAUCAAGCAAAACAUUGAUGUUCCUGCGAUUAUCAUGUAA